AUGUCCCUCUUGGCCAAUGUAAUUCUGCCCGCAGCCGCAGGACGUGCUGCUCAGGCGCCAUGCGACGUUGUCUUGACCCCAACCCACGAGAAGACCAUUGCGCAGUCUGCGCAUCCUGAACCGCCCAGCCUCCUGCUGCCGGCCUUGUGCCAUCCUCACGUCCACCUUGACAAGCCUUACAUUCUCACGUGCAACCACCGUCCGGGCCCAUCGUCACAGCACCCCGACUAUUCGGAUCUGCAUCCCAAAUCCGGCGCUUUCGACGAAGCCCUGGCCAAUACGACAAGAGCGAAGCAGCGCUAUACCGAGGCUGACCUGUACCUACGCGGGUCCCAACUUCUGGCAAACAGCUACUCGCACGGUGUCUCCUCCCUGCGAGCGUUCGUCGAGAUCGACCACGUCACUGGCACGGCGCCUCUUGCUGCAGCAAUUCGACUCAAGCACGAAUUUUCGCACUUGCUGCACCUUCAGAUCUGUGUCUUUGCCCAGGAUCCGCUCUUCUCGACCGAACAUGGCGAGCAGAACCGAUCGAUUAUUGCUUCGGUGCUUGGCGACUUUGCCGGCUCCGUCGAUGCCCUAGGCACAACACCGUAUGUCGAGGACUCUCGUGAAGCAUCGCUGCGGAACAUUGAAUGGGCAGUCAGAACCUCUAUAAAGCACCAGGUUCAUUUGGAUUUCCAUCUCGACUAUAAUCUCAAGCCACCCAAUUCACCAAACGACCAGCCUCUCGUCUACUCUGUCGUCGACCUGCUACAGAAGCACGACUGGAUCACCUGUGCCAAGCCCUCUAUGACGAUAGUCCUCGGCCACUGCACCCAGCUGACAGUCCUCCAAUCUGAGUUCCAGCAGCUUGCCAAACGGAUCAUCGACAGUGGCCUCCCUAUCCACUUUGUCGGUCUACCGACGAGCGAUCUGUUCAUGAUGGGUCGUCCUGGCGCUCAAGGCACGACCCAUGCACGGCCUCGCGGUACAUUGCAGGUUCCUGCCAUGAUCAAAGAGCUUGGCCUCUCCGCAUGCCUCGGUAUCAACAACGUGGGCAAUGCUUUCACCCCUUACGGCAAUGCCGAUCCUUUACAACUCGCCUCCUGGGGCGUCGGCAUCUACCAAGCCGGCACCUCGGAAGAUGCCGAGUUGCUCUAUGGCUGUGUCAGCUGGCGCGCAAGGCAGGCUAUUGGGCUUGAUCGUGGCCCAGAUGCCAGCUUCUCGUUGUCGACGGGCCAGCGGUGGCAGACUAUGCUGCUCGUCAAGAACCUGUCCACUUACAGCCUUCCGGGAGCCCUGGACCAGGCAACGCUGCAAGUCCCGGCACGCCAGAGAUUGGCAAUUAAGGACGUCGUCUGGGAUCCGCCCGAUACACAGCUAAGAAUGCUCGUCUGA